CGACCACGCACUUUCACGUUCAUAUAUAUACACACAUAGCUACGAAUUCGUUCUGUGUUCGCCGCCACUGGAGUCGCGUAUCUGUCAUCAACUUAACGCUCUUAACAACCGUGUGCACACGUACGAUAGUUCUUUCUCUGCCGCGCUGAUCCUAUCCCACCAUUCUUUUGUGACGCUGUUCUCCUUUUCCAGACGGUCGUCUUCAGCCAGCAAGCUCGGGUCAUGCGAUUUCUUGAACGUUGAGUCGUCGAAAUCCCUCAAGAGCCUGAUCGUUUCUCGGCCGGAGCUGCGCGACAAUGCCACAUACACAUUGAAUAGGUUCAGCCCUCCACUGGGCGGCGUUGCAAUGUCGACGAGAACUUUUUUCAAUGUCUGCCCUUGGGAUCGAUAAUCCGUGAACGCGUAUGCUCCGGUCAAUGGAAAUUGCCGUCGUUGGAUCGUUUUUGUCACAGCUGCGCCAGCCGGCAACUCCGUCUUGACACGCUCGCGUGCGUUCGAAUUUGACCAAGAUGAACAUGGGAAGCUUUCUCAGCCGGACGACCGAAUCGUUGGGUAUCGAGCCUUCUUCGGGAUCGAGGAUUAUGGACUGUACGACUCCCCGGGCGCCAUUUGUGAGAUCGAGGUCCGUCUCGAUAUUGCUCGUCACCAGGACCUGCAUGCCAACAGCAAGUUCCAAAGUGUAAGCGUUCAGCCAACGUCAACGGCUGUCCACGGUACCUAUCUUCUGCCGGGCAGAUGAAUAUCUGGCGCUUCUGCUCUCGGCAAACUUUCCGGAGGGCCUCUCCGUUCCAUGGGAGGCGCACACCAUGCCUAGGGGUCACCUGCGUCAUGUUAAAUCCGUGUAUGAUUGCUGUGCCUGGCCGGGUCGAAUCACCAACGUACGCAACAUGGCUAGGUGGUGAUCUUGAACGCGCCCCAUGCGAAGGUGUCGAAGGAAAUCGAGCCAGAUGUGAUCCGUGACUCUCAUUUGUUGUUUCAAAAUCACCACCGUGCUGAACUCCUCAUAUAUUGCCCUGCCCAGUUUUGCGGCCAGUCCAUCGCGAUGCGUCGCCGGAUAAUACAAGGCUUGGGUCGGAGACGCUGCCACCGGAGGGAACUGGUGGAAAUCGCCACAAAAUAUGACACUGAUGCCUCCGAAAGAUUUGUCAGUGCUCGAAGCUUUGGCGAUGCCGAUAUUCCGGGACAACUGCGAAAGGAAAUCCUUGCUGAUCAUGGAGAUUUCGUCAAUGAUGAGAGAUUGCACCGAUGAUAUGAGUAGUCUUCCCGUCGAUUAACGAUGCUGCAAUGCCCGUGUAGGCUGCUUUGAUCAGCCGUCCUUGGGCACCAACGCUGUCGAACGUGCGCGUUAUUUUCGAGAUUACUUUGGACUUCCCUGUCCCCCCUUCGCCGUGUAUGAGCAUGCGUAGUGGAGGCACCUCAUCGCCUGCAAGCGUCCUUCGCAAAUGCCACACGACGAUGUCGUAUGCGCGUUGUUGGUCAGGUUGUAACACGAAGUCUGC